CGGGGCCGCGGCCGCCCCUGAGAGGCAACCCGGCGGCGGCUGCGGCGGCGGCCCAUCUUCUUCUUUCCUCGCACAGCUAGGGGGCCCCUGCUCGAGACCCGCGUCGCCAUGGCCGCGGUUCCCGAGUUGCUGCAACAGCAAGAGGAGGACCGCAGCAAGCUGAGAUCUGUGUCUGUGGACCUGAAUGUCGAUCCCUCGCUUCAGAUUGACAUACCUGAUGCGCUCAGUGAGAGAGAUAAGGUCAAAUUUACAGUGCACACGAAGACCACACUAUCCACGUUUCAGAGCCCAGAGUUUUCUGUUACAAGGCAACAUGAAGACUUUGUGUGGCUACAUGACACCCUUAUUGAAACAACAGACUAUGCUGGACUUAUUAUUCCGCCUGCUCCCACAAAACCUGACUUUGAUGGCCCUCGAGAGAAGAUGCAGAAACUUGGAGAGGGUGAAGGAUCUAUGACCAAAGAAGAAUUUGCCAAAAUGAAGCAAGAACUGGAAGCUGAAUAUCUCGCUGUUUUUAAGAAGACUGUAUCCUCCCAUGAAGUCUUUCUUCAGCGGCUUUCUUCACACCCUGUUCUCAAUAAAGAUCGCAACUUUCAUGUCUUCCUGGAAUAUGAUCAAGACCUAAGUGUUAGGCGGAAAAAUACCAAAGAGAUGUUUGGUGGCUUUUUCAAAAGUGUGGUGAAAAGUGCUGAUGAAGUCCUUUUUUCAGGCGUUAAGGAGGUGGAUGACUUUUUUGAGCAAGAGAAGAAUUUUCUUAUUAACUAUUAUAAUAGAAUCAAGGAUUCGUGUACAAAAGCUGACAAAAUGACCAGAUCUCAUAAAAGUGUCGCGGAUGAUUAUAUCCACACUGCAGCCUGCCUGCAUAGCCUGGCUUUAGAAGAACCCACAGUCAUCAAAAAGUACCUUUUGAAGGUUGCAGAGCUAUUUGAGAAACUUAGGAAAGUAGAGAGCCGAGUCUCAUCAGACGAAGACUUGAAGCUGACAGAGCUCCUGCGGUACUACAUGCUCAACAUAGAGGCCGCUAAGGAUCUCUUAUACAGACGCACCAAAGCCCUCAUUGACUAUGAGAACUCAAACAAAGCUUUGGAUAAGGCCCGGUUAAAAAGCAAAGACGUCAAGCUGGCAGAGGCACACCAGCAGGAAUGCUGCCAGAAAUUUGAACAGCUUUCUGAAUCCGCAAAAGAAGAGCUGAUCAAUUUCAAACGAAAGCGAGUGGCAGCCUUUAGGAAGAAUCUGAUUGAAAUGUCUGAACUGGAAAUAAAGCAUGCCAAGUGUCUGGCGUCCCUUCAACAGAGAUGGCAGAGCAAUGGUCAGUGCUGAGUCCACACUGUAGUCUGCUGGGAGAGCUUUGGAAAAGAAAGUUGUGCCCAGACGUGUUGCAUCAGGGUUUGUGGAUGGUCCCCAGGCAUCAAAGUUAAGGCUCCCUAGGUGGUUCUGGCAACCAGCCGAAGCCCUGUACUGUGGGGCAGGCAACUGGGUCAGCCCAGAGCCUGCAGGGGGAGGCAGCCGAGCCCUCUUGGGAGGGAGUGACACUGGCCACCAAAUCUGACGUUGGUUAAAGCAAGAAAACUAGUAACAGUCUUACAGAUUUUGAAACUCUUUAUUUUAACUACAACAUUAAGAAGCAAAAGCUGCUGUGGAGUUGACUUUGUCUCGUGGUGACCCGAGUGGUCAGAGUAGAAUGCGCUCCAUAAGGCUUUCACAAGUAGAUGGCCAGAUCUUUCUUCUGGGGCUCUUCUGGAUGGACUCGGACCUCUUAUUUCAAUUUAACAACUGAGCGUAUUAACCAUUUGUACCACCCAGGGUCUCUGACUACAACAUCGUAUCUGUGUUUAUUCAGUUGCCUCUUCGUUAGGUCCAAAUCCUAUUGUGAAUGACCUCUUAAAUUGGAGUAUCAUUCUUGCAUAAAUCACAUGUAUAACGUUCUGGGUGUUAAAAGUUUUCUGAAUUUCUUCAAAUGGUAACUUGGACAUUUAUGAAAUAAUCUUUGCAGACUUUGUAACUAUUUUUUAGCAAUGUUGUGUCAGUCUUUCCAAGGCCUUCAAGUUGAUAGGAACAACUCAUUUAUCUAAUGCCUAAGUUAGGGAUUUAGAGUAAGCAUUCAGGAGCAAAUAGGUGGUGGGAGCAGAAGUGCUGCAGAGAGCCCACUAGCCCUUGAGCUUUGAGGCUCUCCCAGCCAGCAGCCCAGUACCCCUGGAGAGAGAUGAACUCUCCAACAUGGAACUGAGAUGGGCAGUUGUUCAGGGAGGAGUUAAUGAAGAAAAGCGCCAGCCCAUUUUGGCUGACUUUGAAUUUUCUUUUGUGAAGUUAGUCAGUGGAUUUAAUUCUUACAGGUAUAUAGCAUACCUUAGACCUAGAAGAUUUAUUGGUCGACCUUGACUUCUGCU